AUGUUGUGUGAACAAUGCGAACAAUUGAAGGCAACGUUGGACGAGAUGGAAGAAAGUAUAAAGAAACACUCCAGCCAUCUUUACAGCCAAGAACAAAAGCAUGGUCUUCUUUACGAUUUUGAAAGAUCAAAGAAUGGCAUUUUUCUUUGGAAAUCUCAUGCCUUACGCUCUGUUAACCAAGAAUCUGCUGAACAAGAAGCCCUCCAAUCAGUCCUUGUUGUUAUUGACUGGGCGAUGAAAUUUCCUCAAAUGAAAUACAGAGAAAAACAAAGUGAAUGGUUUGCUAAAAGAGGCCUUAGCUAG